UCGGGCGAGGUCACGUUCAGCUUGGAAUCCGGCUCGGAAUACUUGAAGAUCGACAACAUGACGGGCGAGCUGAGCACCACGGAGCGGCGCAUCGACCGCGAGAAGCUGCCGCAGUGCCAAAUGAUCUUCGACGAGAACGAGUGUUUCCUGGACUUCGAGGUGUCGGUCAUCGGGCCGUCGCAGAGCUGGGUCGACCUCUUCGAAGGCCGGGUGAUCAUCCUGGACAUCAACGACAACACACCGACCUUCCCUUCCCCGGUACUCACCCUCACCGUCGAGGAGAACCGGCCGGUGGGGACGCUCUACUUGCUCCCCACCGCCACCGACCGCGACUUCGGGCGCAACGGCAUCGACCGUUACGAACUGCUGCAGGAGCCCGGCGGCGGGGAGGCCAGCAGCGUCUUCGAGCUGCAGGUGGCCGACACGCCAGACGGCGAGAAGCAGCCGCAGCUGAUCGUCAAAGGGGCUUUGGACCGCGAGCAGAGGGACUCUUACGAGCUGAGCCUGCGGGUGCGGGACGGGGGCGAGCCGGCGCGGUCCUCGCAGGCCAUCCUCCGCGUGCUGAUCACCGACGUGAACGACAACAGUCCCCGCUUCGAGAAGAGCGUCUACGAGGCCGACUUGGCCGAGAACAGCAGUCCCGGCACGCCGAUCCUCCAGCUGCGGGCGGCCGACGCCGACGCCGGGGUCAACGGCCAGAUCGAGUACGUCUUCGGGGCGGCUACCGAGUCGGUGAGGCGGCUGCUGCGCCUGGACGAGGCGUCGGGCUGGCUCAGCGUCCUGCACCGCAUCGACCGCGAAGAGGUGAGCCAGCUGCGCUUCACCGUCAUGGCCCGGGAUCGCGGGCAGCCGCCCAAGAACGACAAGGCCACCGUGGUGCUGACCAUCCGCGACGAGAACGACAACGUGCCCACCAUCGACAUCCGUAAGAUCGGGCGCAUCCCGCUGCGCGACGGGGUGGCCAGCGUGGCCGAGGACGUGCUGGUGGACACCCCCAUCGCCCUGGUGCAGGUCUCGGACCGCGACGAAGGCGAGAACGGCGUGGUGACUUGCACCGUCGUGGGCGACGUGCCCUUCCAGCUCAAGCCGGCCAGCGAGGGGGAGGGCGAGCCGCAGAACAAGCGCAAGUACUUCCUGCACACCUCGGCGCCGCUGGACUACGAGGCCCUGCGGGAUUACAACGUGGUCAUCGUGGCCGUGGACUCCGGCAGCCCCAGCCUGUCCAGCAACAACUCGCUGCUCGUCCGCGUGGCCGACACCAACGACAACCCGCCCGUCUUCAGCCAGCCCGUCUUGGAGGUACCCUUCCCGGAGAACAACGCCCCGGGCGAGCGGGUGGCCACCGUGCUGGCCACCGACGCGGACAGCGGCAAGAACGCGGAGCUGGCUUACUCGCUGGAGCCCUCGCCGCUGGCGGCCGAGGCGCCCGCGGGCCUCUUCACGAUCGACCCGGAUUCGGGCGACGUGCGCGUGCAGGCGGCGCUGGAUCGCGAGCAGCGGGACACCUACCAGUUCCAAGUCACGGCCCGCGACAAAGGGGCGCCCUCCUUGCAAGGCUCGGCCCUGGUGGUGGUGCGGGUGGCCGACCGCAACGACAACGAGCCGCGCUUCAUGCAGGACGUCUUCACCUUCUACGUCAAGGAGAACCUGCAGCCCAACAGCCCGGUGGGCAUGGUGACCGUGAUGGACGCCGACAAGGGGCGCAACGCUCAACUCACCUUGGCUAUCCAAGCGGGCGCUCAGGAAGCCGGGUCCUCCUCCUCCUCCGCCGACCCGGGCAUCUUCUCCAUCGAGAACGACACGGGCACUAUCUACUCCACCGUCUCCUUCGACCGCGAGCUGCAGACCAGCUACACUUUCCGCGUGAAAGCCGUGGACGGCGGCGAGCCGGCUCUCUCGGCCACGGCCACCGUCUCGCUCUUCGUCAUGGACGAGAACGACAACGCGCCGGCCGUCACCUCGCCCGCCAACAACUCUUUCGACCUGCUGCCGGUUUCCAGCACCCCGCGCCACGUGGUGGCCACCGUGCAGGCGCGGGACGCGGACGCCGGCCAGAACGCGGAGCUGUCUUACAGCCUGGUGGGCGGCAACCCUUUCAAACUCUUCGAGAUCGACCCGUCCAGCGGGGUGGUCUCGCUGGUGGCCCAGCUGGCUCCCAAACACUACGGCUUGCACCGGCUGGUGGUGCAGAUCAACGACAGCGGCCAGCCGGCUCAAGCCACCACGGCGCUGCUCCACGUCUUCGUCAACGAGACCUUGGCCAACACCAGCGCGGUGGAGAGCCAGGUGGCGCGGAGCUUGCACACGCCGCUGGGCAGGGACAUCGCGGGCGACCCCAGCUACGAGCUGAGCAAGCAGCGCUUAAGCAUCGUGGUGGGCGUCGUGGCCGGCGUGAUGGCCGUGGUGCUGCUGAUUUUGGUGGUGGUCCUGGCGCGCUACUGCCGGGCCAAAGGCAAGCACGGCGGCUACGAGGCCGGCAAGAAAGACCACGAGGAUUUCUUCACGCCCCAGCCCCACGACAAGGCCAAGAAGCCCAAGAAGGACCGCAAGGGCAAGAAAGGAGGAGGCAAGCAACCCCUUUACAGCAGCAUCGUCACCGUCGAAGCCUCCAAGCCCAACGGGCAGCGCUACGACAGCGUCCACGAGAAACUCUCCGCCGCCGACAGCCCGGCUCUCAGCCGUUACCGGUCGGUCAACGGCGGGCCGGGCAGCCCGGAUUUGGCCCGGCAUUACAAAUCCAGCUCGCCUUUGCCCACCGUGCAGCUUCACCCCCAGUCGCCCACCGCCGGGAAAAAGCACCAAGCUGUGCAGGACCUGCCGCCGGCGAACACCUUCGUGGGGGCAGGAGACAAUAUCUCCAUCGGAUCUGACCACUGCUCCGAGUACAGCUUUAUUACAAAUUCACCUCGACGCCCAGAGAAACAGAUGCCGUUCCGUAGAGUGACGUUUUCAGUUGUGAGUCAGCCUCAAGACCCACAUCAAGGGUCUUUGCAGAGUUGCUAUGACAGCGGUCUGGAGGAAUCUGAAACACCAAGCAGUAAGAGUUCUUCAGGCCCAAGGCUGGGUGCCCUUCCACUCCCAGAGGACAACUACGAAAGGACAACGCCGGAUGGCAGUGUUGGUGAGGCAGAGCAUAUGGAAAAUGAUUCAAGACCUCUGCCAGAUGUCGCCCUGACCGGAAAGUGCACCCGGGAGUGUGAUGAGUAUGGCCACUCUGACUCCUGUUGGAUGCCCGUCCGCACUUCACCCGAAAGGAAGCCGAAAAACCAGCCCAAACUCUCCACUUUCAUGCCUGUCGAUGAACGGGGCAGUCCGGAGAAGCUGGCCAACGGAGAGGCCUCCCUGAUGGGCGAUCGCAACAGGAACCUCCUGAACAAAAAGUUGACCUCAUCUUAUGAGACCUUCAGUGCAGCUAGCUUCAGCAAAAGCGAAGAAACCAACCCAGAGGAUAUUCCCCUGGCACAGACAGGGGAAUACAAGCCAUCUACUAUCAAUACUUUAACUCGAAGGGAAGUUUAUCUUUAG